UCUCCCUCUCCUCUCCUGAGUCUCUCUCCUCACCGUACCUAAGUUCUCUCUAUUGACAACAUGGGCUGUGGCUGUGGAGGUUGUGGCGGCUGUGGCUGCGGUGGCUGUAGUGGCUGCGGUGGCUGUGGCUGUGGCAGCUGUGGCUGUGGCUGUGGCUGUGGUGGCUGUGGCUGCGGUGGCUGUGGCUGUGGCUGUGGUGGCUGUGGCUGCGGUGGCUGCGGUGGCUGUGGCUGUGGCGGCUGUGGUGGUUGUGGCUGCGGUGGCUGUGGCUGCUGUGGUGGCUGCUGUGGCUGCUGCAAGCCUGUGGUAGUCUGCUGUUGCCGCCGUAGCUGCUGCAAUUCCUGUGGCUGUGGCUCCUGUGGCUGCGGCUGUGGCUGUGGGAAGGGCUGUUGUCAGCAGAAGUGCUGCUGCCAGCAGAAGUGUGGCUGCAAGAAGUGCUGCUGCUAGGCUUACCACGUCCCUCUGGAUCUCUCCUGCAUACCUCCUCCCCCCAUCUCUUGACUUCUCCUGCAGGUAAUUGCUAUAGGUGAGUUGUUUCAGGCUAUCUGUUUCCAUUUGUCUGUAGGCUACAACUGUGACCUGAGUCUGUCAGCAGCCUGUAGAAAUCCCACACUUUGUAACAAUUAUAGAAAUAAACAAAUAUGUAGCCUUCUCCUUAAAUCGCCACAUUCUAAUCACAAUUGUGAUGGAAUACAGUCAAAAUAGUUAAUGAUGUCCCUUCUUAAAUUGCCCAUUUUAAUGCUCUGUUUUUACCUCUGCAAAACUUCUCUAUGUACACAAAGCAACUCCUGCCUUAAUAAAUUAUAC